UUCAGUUUGAAUUAAUUUGGAAAUAAUACCUACUGAAGUGAGGAUCCCACAUCACAAAAUACUGUAACAUAUCUGGUGAAAAUGAGGGCCACACGUUAUUGGAGAAAUUGCAUUGUUGUAUUUUCUACCGGAGAUGCACAUAUAUUAGUGAUAUACCGUCACAUCUAAUGAAGCAGAUCCACACUUCACAAAGAUCAUGUACUCUUAUGUCUGCUGGAGUGAGGUCUCACAAGUGAAGUUGAUGUGCUAUUGUGUCUGCUGGGGGAAAUCCCCACGUGCUUUGUCCUGUUAUAAGUGAGAUCCCAACAUAAUUUAUGUGUGACAAUUUAGGAAGUUCAUGAAGUGAGCAUGAGUUGUUGUCAUGAGACUCCUCUACAUAGAACAUCAAAAACCUGAGAAAAGACCGGCAAUUCAUUUGUACUAUUUCAUCACAUUCUUCGUUGGAAAACCUUGAUCAGCCCACUUUGGUUUAAACAUUUCUCCAAAUAAAGCUCAAGUUUGGUUGAAAGCAGACAACUGUUUGUAAUGGAGCCAGAAUCCAAAAACAAAACUGUGGACGUAACAACUUUAAAAGGAGAGGUGAUCUCUUUUACUGUGUCCAAGGAAAAGCAGCCUGGUGGGAAAAUUGAUGCAGUUUUGCAAUUUAAAAGAAUGAUAUUUGAUUCAGAGACUGGGAAAUUCAUCCAGAAAUUUUUAGGAAAAUUCAUCCUCCAUCAGAAAAGUUCUUCCUUGCAAAUUGUUGCCUGUUGUUGUGCUAUUGAUUCAAGAACAGGACAAAAUGUCCCUUGCAUCUUGCUUGAGAAGCAUAAAAAGGCUCAUUCUAAAUUUAGAUAUAGUUUACUGAUACUGCACAGUUCAAAUCAAGUUGAACGUUGUUUGGAUUUUGAAUUAGAAUAUGAAAUGAAGGUAAAUGUAACCCUAUUGACUGGACCUAGUGUUUUGUGGACCUGUGGAGACCAAGUGUAUUAUGUAUCUUUUGAAACUAAUGGAAUUUUUAACAUUCCCAUUUCAUUUACUGCAGUUAAAUGGAUUGGAGAGAUUUCUGAUGGGGAAAUAAUCAUACUAGGUGUAAGAAAAACUGUUGGACCUGUGAAAAGUGAUGAAACCUCCAUUACUCACGCUGAUGAAUUGAUCUGGGGUUGUGAAUUUGUCACCUAUUCCUUACAAAAGAGGGAAAACUUCUGUAUCAGCCAUCAUUUCAUCCCACAUGCUUACAGUUCUGUAGUUACAAACAUACUUAUUUGCCCAAGUGAAGAAAUAGACAAUCAAGUAAAGACUAUAGUUGUAGCAACCACAUGUAAGAAGCAACUGGUAUUGUUUGAAAACUCUGUCCCCAAGAAUGUCUGCCAGCUUCCUUUUGAAGAAGCUCAUCAAAUAAAAGUAGUAACAACAGGCAGAGAGAAUUGCUUCUUCCUCGUGUCUUCUAAGGCUGGAAGGGUCUGUGCUAUCUCGAAGGAAACUUGGCAGGUUGUUGCUGUUUGGCAGGAGAUGUGGUCAGUACAGUUGGAUGACUUCUUAGGCAUAGGAACAGAACAAAUCUUGUUGCUCCCUUCAGCAACUUGCACUGUUGAAGACGGCUUCAAAAAUUUUGUAUUAACUGAUCUUGGUGAAUUCCGUCACACUGUUAACUCUGGGCACGCUGAAGAGAAAGGAAUAUUGACUUAUGACAUGGGAGAUGUAAAUUAUUACCACACUGUCCAAGCUCUGGAGGCAAGAUUACAGAUUAAAUCUUCAAUCUUCUGA